AUGCGUAGCGAAGCAAAUAGGGACCUUGGGCUGUCCGAUAUCAUGGAGGAGGUUGAGCGCGAGCAAACUAUCGUACGGGUUUCGAAGUGGAGGGUACGGCUAAGGGCCUUCGUGUGCUUGAAUAUCCUGAAUAUACGCUUUGCUUUAAGCCUUGGCGCGCAGCAUUGGCACGACAGGAUGUCCACAACGAUGGAUGCGGUGCCGGAGCUUCAGCGCUCGAACACGUCCAGCUCUCUGGAGAAGAGGAAGGCCUACAGCGCGGAUAUCGAUGAGGAAAAGGUUAUGGUCAUGGAAGCAUCGUCGGUGGACGAGGUCGGGUCAGACGUCAAAGUCAUUGAGAAGGCGGAGGAUGUCGCCAUCGAGAUUCUGACGACCGAGGACCACCCAGAGCUGCCGGUUUGGACUUUCCGGACAGCAUUCCUCGGUGUUGGACUUAGCGCGUUCAGUGCCGUCUUAGCGACGAUCUAUACGUUUAAACCUCAGAAUGCUACGGUCUCCCAGCUAUUUUGCUUGAUCAUUGCCUAUGUCCUCGGGACGUUUAUGGCUGGUGUCAUCCCUUCGGGUGGGUAUUGGAAAUAUCUAAACCCAGGCCCGUUCAAUAUCAAAGAACACACGGCGAUCGUCAUAAUGGCGUCAACAGCGUCGUCGGUAGCCAUCGCGAUGGAGAUCAUUGCCGCUCUAGAUCUCUUCUAUGACAUCACUCUCAACGCCGGCGUCGCCAUAUUCCAGAUCUUCGCGAGCCAGAUGAUCGGGUACGGUAUCGCGGGAGUCUUACGCACGCUGCUCGUGUAUCCGACCUAUGCUUUCUACCCGACAUAUAUAUCCGUGGUCAAUCUCUUGCAGAGCUUGCACUAUGGAGGUGUGCUCAAUGCGAAGCGCAGGGUCUCCGGAGCUGACGGAUGUCGCGAGAUCAGACGAUACUUCUGGAUGGUGUUCGCCGCCAUCUUUUUCUGGGAAUGGAUCCCGCAGUAUCCGUUCCCUCUCCUGACGGCAUUCUCUAUCAUCUGUCUUGCCGACAAUGGCCGCCACCCAUUCGUGCGCAACCUGUUUGGCGCUGGAUCGAGCAAUGAAGGAAUCGGGCUGUUUAGCUUCAGCACGAGCUGGACCCUCAUUACUCAGGGCUCGCCGCUCGUAUGGCCCCUGCAGACACUCGGAAUGGCUAUUGGGUACCUCGUGCUCACGCUGACGUACUACCACAACGUCUUCAACGGGCGCGACCUCGUCUGGAUGUCCAGUGCGCUGUUCGGCACGGACGGCGGAACGUACAACCAGAGCGCGAUCCUCACGCCGAGCAACCAGCUCGACCCCGAGAAGCUGGCCGAGGUCGGCCUGCCGCGGUUCACGACGACGUACGCGAUCAGCCAGAUGUGCUACAACGUCAGCCUGGGUGCGGCGAUUGUGCACGUGUUGCUGUGGUACUGGGGCGACCUCAAGAAGGGUGUGUUUGGCGCGUUCGGCGAGGUGAAGUUCCUUCGGGGCGAUCAGGAAAUUGACGACCCGCACUACAAAGGUGGUCUAUUGCGAACAAGUCUGACUGCGGCGAUGAAGGUCUACAAGGAGGUCCCGCAAUGGUGGUACCUCACGCUGUUUGUUAUCUCGCUUGCCGUAGGAAUUGGCUGCAGUUACUCUGGGCAUACCGUGCUGAUCCCGUGGUGGAGUGUAAUUCUGUUCACGGCAAUCAGCUUCUUCCUCGCCAUCGUUCUUGGCUUCAUCAUGGCCACGACUGGGUUCUCGCUGUCGAUCAAGUAUGCGAUCCAGAUCCUGGCGGCCUUCGUUCAUCCUGGGAACCCCGUGUAUCACGGCCUACCAGACAUUGUACAUGCUGCAAGGUCCUGCGUGGUGAUCGGCUUCGCGGCGCAGUGGUGGGCGCGCAAACACCGGCCGGCGUGGUUCAAGAAGUACAACUAUCUGACGUCUGCGGCGCUCGACGGCGGGAGCCAGGUCAUCAUGUUCAUUCUUGUGGGGCAACCCAGAGAAUCUGUCCGUGGACAGGUCCGGGUCGGGACCAUAGCCCCGAUCGUUUACUCCGAGUUCCGCAUCAAUCCCGCUUGCGCACAAAUAUUCCUGUCUCGGGCACUUGGCCUGCAGCGCGAUGCCACCACGCAGCCAACGCGGGCAAGGACGGGCGGCGAGCGUGCCACCAGGCCAGAACCCAGCUCCCCGCAGCGUCUCUCUCCCGCAAGCUCCUCUCCCCACUUAGAAAAGCACAGCAUCUCGCAAGCAAGUACUCCCCUUUCGCUGUCUACCACGCCUCCUUCUCCGUCUACGGACUCAAAUUCCUACGCGUCACCUCGCAUUCUGCUCACACCAUCCGAGUCCUCGUCACCAUCCAUCAUGGCAUCUCCUUCUGCACCAUCUGCAGACGAACGAACGCAGCCUCCUCCGUCCAUCCUCUCUGCCACCGCGCCAAAAUUCCAAAGCCGUUUAUUCGACGCGCCUAUUGAUAUACACACGCUUGUGUCGGACACCCCUCCUCCGGGGCGGGACCAGUCAAUUUCUGCCCUUGUCACAGGACUGCAAAGUGUCCAUCUCUCUACUCCCAGCUCCACCACGCCGGCGCAGCUCUCUUCCACGGCGAAAAAUCACUCAGACGUGCAACCGACCGCGCCUGACCAACAUGCGGCUGAUCCGUGUACUCCAAAUGUGUACAUCAACGGUCUCCCCCCCAAUUUUCCGGAGGCAGAUUUAUACAAAAUGACGUGCGAUUUCGGCGCCGUCGUCAGCGUGCGCACGUUCACGCGGCAUGUGUGUGAUAGACCUUCAUUUGAGACGGUUGAUGCGGCAGAAAGGUGUAUUGAAACCCUUCGCAAAUACCGCAACUUGCACCCUUCCUUUGCGAAGCAAAUUCACAAGAUACCCGGUACCGUCUACUCGACAUCUUCUUUCGAGCCGCCCGCCAACGAUUCUGUCGAUGGCCAAUCUAGGAAUAGCUUCAAAGCGCGGAUGGAGCAGCUCAAGGAUACUUCGUCCACCAACCUGUACAUGGAGGGACUCCCGUUAUCCACUGACGAACGUGCUCUCUCCGCACUUGUGGAGCCGUACCGGAUCAUGAGCAGUCGAUUCUUUCGGACAAGACUCAACAAUCCCCCGAGGCUGAUUGCAUUCGUGAGACUGGAGAGUCGUGUGGCAGCCGAGAAGAUCAUCGAGCGCCUGCAUGGUCGUCAUAUCCGUGGAUGGCAGGAGGAUGGAUGCAGGAUCUCGGUCCGUUUCGCCGAUACAAGUGAGCAGAGAGAUUUGAGGCGAAUGGAACGCAUGACGCGUGAAGGUGAUCAAUCUCCGGCACGCAUCACCAUUGCGCAGGCGGCGCUGCUCAACCUGAAGGGCACGCAGCUUGGCCCUACGCCUUCGGGGAGCCCAGAUAUCAACUACUUACCGAUUGGCCUCCCUGCCAAGUCGCCCUACAUUAUCAACGGGUUGGGCGGCGGUAACGUGGGCGGCGCUUUCUCUCCUCUAGCUCGUGCCUCGCCAUCAUUGUCAUACUCAGACCAUAUCAAUCCUCUCCUCAACAGCAUGCAGGACCUUACUCUCAUGCCUGGCAGGCAGCACUUCGAAGACUUCAAUGAUCGCGCGGCACAGUAUCUCGGUCAGGACCUCAGGAUGAAUCAGCUCGCACUCCAGGACGAGCUGCUGGCUCUACAGGCAGCUCAGGCUCAGCUCCAAAGCGGCAGGGGCUCGGAUGUCAACAACAUGUCUGGCCGAGCCGACAACGGCUUUACUCAUAUUGAGCGUUUGCUGCUGCAGGCGCAUGCUGAGCGUCAACAGGCGCAAGAGCUCUUGCUAGAGGCCGAGCGUGAGCGAGAUCUCCGGGAUCUGCUCCUCAGCCAACAGUACGAUUUCGGAGGCGCCUCGCAGCUAGGCGAUAUUGGAGAUGACACGCAGAGGCGUCUCCUCAACAUUUUGUCGCCGACGUCCGAGAACGACUUCCAUUCAGGCUUUAGCACGAGCCAAGGCCUCCAGGUGCCGAAAGGCUACCCGUACGAGCUCAAUGCCCACGGGGCCGCUGGCGGUCUUGGUGCUGCCCCGGCUGCCGACUAUCAUUCACGCUCUUCGCCGAACUUCAGUCAACAACCCUCUGCGGCACGCCAGGAGCGCCAGCGGAACCAGACGCACGCAUCGCACGCGCGCGCUGAGACGGAUGCUCCUGCGCAGGCCCUGCACACACGCUCGACGACUCUUCCCUUACAGUAUCUCAGCUCUCGCGGCGGCUCUCAUCAUUUCUUGAACACGCCAUCUCAGAACUUCAGUCCUAGCACCCUCAACAGCAGUAUCAUCGACACCCGCAGCACUAGCAUCAACAACACCACCUUCAAUCUCGAUGACAGUAUCGACUACGUCAGCAACAGUAAUAAUUCGGCCCGCACCGAUAGCAUACUCCGCAAUAAUCUCGGCCAGAAGAACGUGUCCUUCUCCGAUGCCAAGGGACACGCUGUAUCCAGGCCCGAGCUCGCCACCGCCAACUACACCUUCAUGAUGACUGGUUCUGCACUGUCCUCGGGACGCGCCGGCGGCGCCAGUCAGUCCGGCAUCAACGGGAAGCGCACCUUGCAGGACGUCCAGACGGAUGAGGAUGAUUCGCUCGUUUCGCCCGCCCUUACGUACUCGCCGCAUACCACCGCGUCCAUUAGUCCCGCUACGCCAUACUCUGGGUUUUUCCCUCCAGCUGAGGGUUUCGACGGCUCGUACGUGGUCGAGGGUCGCCUGUCGGGCGUGGUCGAGAAGCAGAAGAUGCGCGCGAACCAGUAG